AUGAAGGCAAUAGCACAGGCCCGUCCACAAGUAGGCGCGCAGAGCAGUCUGCUUCCUAUUCUUCACGUGAGCGAUGAAGACUUUAGAGGCUACCUUCGGAUCAGCACGGAUGAUUUCGAGGAGCUGGUGUCCAGUGUCCGGUAUGUUGAGUGCCAAGACACACUGAUGAGAAGUGCAUUAACCGUGGAAGAGCAACUCACGAUCACGCUCCGCUUCCUAGCAACCGGAGAGUCGUUCCACUCCCUCCACUACCAGUACUGUAUUGGAACAAGUACGGUCCACAACAAGGUCAAGAGGCUACAUGAGGCUGCCAUCUACCAGUGCACAGUGGGAGACAAUUGCAGACAGAUUCCUCUCUCUUUAGCACUUCCCCCACUGCAUCGGUGCUGUCGAUGGAAAACAUGUGAUGAUCAAGUGCCCCCCAAAGGCCGGGUCUUCAUUUUUAACUAUAAGCGAUACCACAGCAUGGUGCCCAUGGCGCUCGUCGAUGCAGAUAAAAUGGCCAUCUUCGUGGAUGCCGGGGUCAACGGAAGGUGUAACGACUCUGUGACCUUCCGUGGUACGGAACUAUUUCAGAAGCUCGAGAGUGGAGAGUGCAACAUCCCUGAACCUGUUCCACUCCCUGGCCAAAAUGAUCCAACUGAUUUCGUAGUGGUCGCGGACGCAGCCUCCCCAAUGAAAGACUACAUGUUGAGACCCUGUGCACAGAGAGAACUGCAAAGCAAAGCAAAUCCUGUGUACAAUUACAGCUUGGUGAAUAUGGACUUGGAGAAGGAGUUUGUCGACAGCAUCCUCUACCUCCGCAACAUCUUGACAGUGUAA